AGGGGUGAGGGGCUGCGGGAGGAGCCGGGCGGAGGCUGCGGCUUGCGCUUCUCCUGGCUCUCCUCCCUCUCUUUGUUGAGGUUCGACCUCCCCCCCCCCUCCGCCUUUUCGAUCAGGGUGGGAGGGAGAAAGGAAGGAAGCCUUAACGGUCGGCGCCGGGGGGCCCGGGAAACCCAGAGGGCGAGCCAGCUUCCAGGCCUGCGGGGCGAGAGUGGGCUGUAAAAAAUGGUGAAAGAAACCACUUACUACGAUGUUUUGGGGGUAAAACCCAAUGCCACCCAGGAAGAAUUGAAAAAGGCAUAUAGAAAAUUGGCCUUGAAGUACCACCCUGAUAAGAAUCCAAAUGAAGGGGAAAAGUUUAAACAGAUUUCUCAAGCUUAUGAAGUUCUUGCUGAUUCCAAAAAAAGGGAACUAUAUGAUAAAGGAGGGGAGCAGGCGAUUAAAGAGGGCGGAGCAGGUGGUGGUUUUGGCUCACCCAUGGAUAUCUUUGAUAUGUUCUUUGGAGGAGGAGGAAGAAUGCAAAGAGAAAGGAGAGGUAAAAAUGUUGUUCAUCAGCUCUCAGUGACCUUAGAAGACUUAUAUAAUGGUGCAACAAGAAAACUGGCUCUGCAAAAGAAUGUGAUUUGUGACAAAUGUGAAGGCCGAGGUGGUAAGAAAGGAGCAGUAGAGUGCUGUCCCAACUGCCGGGGGACAGGUAUGCAGAUAAGGAUUCAUCAGAUUGGACCAGGAAUGGUUCAGCAAAUUCAGUCAGUGUGCAUGGAGUGCCAGGGUCAUGGAGAACGCAUCAGUCCAAAAGACAGAUGUAAAAGCUGCAAUGGAAGAAAAAUAGUUCGAGAGAAGAAAAUUUUAGAAGUUCAUAUUGAUAAAGGCAUGAAAGAUGGUCAGAAGAUAACAUUCCACGGUGAAGGAGACCAAGAACCAGGACUGGAGCCAGGAGAUAUUAUCAUUGUGUUAGAUCAGAAGGACCAUGCUGUUUUUACAAGGCGAGGAGAAGACCUUUUCAUGUGUAUGGACAUACAGCUGGUUGAAGCAUUGUGCGGCUUCCAAAAGCCAAUAUCUACUCUUGACAACCGAACCAUAGUCAUCACCUCUCAUCCAGGUCAGAUUGUCAAGCAUGGGGAUAUAAAAUGUGUGCUAAAUGAAGGUAUGCCAAUAUACCGUCGGCCAUAUGAAAAGGGACGUCUAAUCAUUGAGUUUAAGGUAAACUUUCCUGAAAAUGGCUUUCUCUCUCCUGAUAAACUCUCUUUGCUGGAAAAACUCCUUCCUGAAAGGAAGGAAGUAGAAGAGACUGAUGAAAUGGAUCAGGUAGAACUGGUGGACUUUGAUCCAAAUCAGGAAAGACGGCGUCAUUAUAAUGGAGAAGCGUAUGAGGAUGAUGAACAUCACCCCAGAGGUGGCGUUCAGUGUCAGACCUCUUAAUGGGCCAGUCACUCUUUGACAUUCUGUAUGCAGUAGUGAAUGUGGGAAGGACUGUAAUCAUAAUAAGCUCACUACUUGGCUAUUGUUUUUGUUUUAAUAUUCAACUAUAGUAGUGUUUUAAAAAAAGUUAAAUGAAGAAUAAACACAAAUAUAAAAGCUCUGACUUUGCCCUGUAUGUAUGAUGACUUCAGUGUUCAAGAUGAAAAUGAAUACUUGUAAAAACUAGUUUAAAAAGUUCCCUAGCAUCUGUUAGGUCAUAUCUUGUGUAACUGAUAAUAGCUGUGUACAUUAGACUGACAUGCUAGGUAUGUGUUGUAUGACCCUUCAUUGUUAAGCUAUGGGAUUAAAAUUCUGUAUUUAACUGGUAAUCAAAAGAAAACAAUUAGUUACAUGUCGGUCUGUCUAGUUAUAUGAAGUGAACCAAUUGUGAUGCCUUUGCAUUGUAUUGCCUCAGCCAUUACUAGAAGGUGGCAUAAUACAUUUCGCCUGUGUUAUUAGUGAUAGAAAUGAUUCAUUCCUAAAGAAGUUUAUCAUAAGCUACUGCUUAAGGGCUUGCUCUUCUAGAUUGCAUCCCCUUCUGCUGUGCAAUUUUUAAGAUAUAUAUAUAAACAGAAAACAUGAUCACCUUUUUCCCCUUCUCAAACCAUGAUAAGCCCUUGCUUGGGUGUAGUGACUUCCAAAGCCCAAGUAACUUACAAAUGAAAGUGAUGAGAUCUGUACGUGGAGGGGUGAUUUGCAUGUAUAAUCCAGGGAAGGUGCUCCUUAGGUCUGUUCCAGGCUUUCUAUUCGACUUAGGCUCCAACGUAACUGCAAUUUAAUGUUGGUAGUAUAGCAAAUUAUGAAUAGAUUUGUUGUAUGUUUUGAAGUCACAUGCUUACAUGCUUAAAUCUGGAUAUCAGAAUUUAAGCAGUUACUGAAAUGUAUGGCUGUCUAAUAUACUGAUUACAAAGUGUUUCCAGUGUGUCACUGCAGGCCUUUUUUUCUCAGUUCAUCAAAGCAUUAUGGGCUUUUAUGAUGUAAUUUUAUGUCUAUGUUCCUGGAAUGUGGGAAUACUUAGUAUCCAUAUAUACUUAUUUCUUAUCCAUAUAUAAGAAAUAAAGGUAUAGGCCUAAGCCCAAGUCAGAAAAGGGAACUUCAACCAACCUGGAUGAAAAUAUGUGACUUUCAGGUCUACCUAGGUCUGCCACAUCUCUUCUAGUCAGAAAUUUAAAAACAUUUCUAAUCUGUAAGUAGGCUGAAGUUUUCUUCACGGGGAGAACAUCUGAGUUAGCAAAUCACCAUGGUGAAGAGAGGGUUCAAUGGUUAGUACUGACUGAGAGAGGACCCAAAAGUUCCAAGCAAGUCCCAUCUCUCUACAGUGAGUCCCAAAAACCGACUUCAGGCACUAGGCAUGCAGAAUACUCAAAACUUGGCAUACAAAGGGUUCCCAGCCUUCGGUCCUCAGUUUUCAUUUUAGGCUGUGAAUGGAACUGCCUAGGAAUGGUUUUAAUGUGUGUCUGUCAGAUCCCCUCAAACUAAGUUACAGUUGUGAGCUGCAAUGUGGGUGCUGGGAAUUGAACCCAUGUCUUCAGAAAAGUAGCCAGGAACUGAACCAUCCCUUACCUAAGAAACUAGUCAGGUCUCAUCCUGUUGGGAUUUAGGUUCAACUGGAUUGUAUAUAUAGCCUUAAACACGAAGGUCUAAUAGCGGGUAGAAUUGUAUUACCUGAGACAGACAGCCAGGCAUGUGUAACAUGCCUGUAGUCCCAGCAUUUAAGAGGCUGAGGGAUAAGGCAUGGGAUUUGCAUUGGAUCAAAACCAGUCUGUGCUGUGAAGCAGUAUCACUGUUGAUAGUGUUCCAAUUUUAGAAACACCUCAACCUUGGAUUUUAGUACUAAAAACUGUUGGGUCAGUUGCCUGGGCUGGUAAAAGCAUAAUCCUGGUAAAAUGCAAUGCCUUUUUUUGUUGUUGUUAAGACCCCUAGACUUACCUGGAACUCAGAUUUGCUUCCCAGUUGCUGGUAUUAAAGGCAUCACUUCUG